GCGUUGACGUUGUCAUCUCCUUCCGACUAUUUUUUAGUAUUUUUUACUAUUCUCUUAGUGCUGAUACUGAUACAGUGAUAGCGAAGAGCCCAGGCGAUCGAGCUGAUGCUGAACAUUUCAAGCGUGAUUUUCGAAGAAUUGUUUGCCUCCAUGAAAUUCGCUCUGUACCUGAGCCACAGCUGAUGAACCGCUUGUACUUGAAAGUACGUGUUAUUGCUUGAGAAAAGACAACUCUUUGAUCCUAAGAAGUUAUGCAGUAACUCGAUUUCGAUCGUGAUCAGUCCGCAGUGCGAGUGAACUGUGGUCACGCGGACAGGCAGGAGUGUGAACAAUGGCAGACAGGGUGCGCUAUAACAUAGCCUUCCUACUUUCCAAUCUAGAUGCAUCCGUGAUCUUGGAACUCUUGCUGGAGAAUGAUGUGCUGGACGUUGAUGAAUAUGAUACUGCCUCUAGCAAGGAAAACGUGAAGUCUGAUCUGACAAAGUACGUGGUGAGGCUGAUGCUGAAGAAAACAGAGGAACAGGUCGACACGUUCCUGAGGCUCAUUCAGCACAGCCAGCCUCAUGUAGCGGAACAUGUCGCCAGUACCAUGGCAAAGCGACGCGAUGCAACUGCCAGUGGGAAAACUGACCAUCCGACGAAGCCAAUAUCAAUGUCGGCAGAUGAUGAGUCGACACUUGGCUCGUGCUCCGGUAUCACCAUGACAACAGUUGGCAAACAGAAAGCACAGCCAUUGCAGCACACAGUGGGGGAUGGUCAGGCAGACCAGCAACGGACGUCCAAUAGAUGUGAACCAAUCUUCAAACAACCAACGUCAGUUGAAACAACCGCCAAUGUGACUAGAACAGGUACGACAUCCAAUACAUUGACUACAACACAGGAUUCAACAAGAUCAACAACUUCAGAGGGAACUGGCGAGGAAGAUGAAGAGCUUUCCUCCAGUGGGUAUGAACCAUCGCGAAAAAUGAGAAGAUCAGCUUCACCAGCAACCAGUGCAGCUAGCAUGGGAACAACAUCCAAUACAGCAUUGACUGCAACACAGGAGUCAACAAGAUCAGCAACUUCAAGCCAGUCAUCUCUACCGGACGAAGACCGACACUUCACUGGCAGGGAUGACAUUGUUACAGAGAUCAGUCACAACAUUCUCACAACAAAGUCCAAGUCAUCAUCUACACGUGUGCAGAGUCUUGUGGCACCAGCUGGUUUUGGUAAGACGUCCGUAGCCAUUGCUGUGGGACAUGUAUGUCGCAAUGCUGGUUGUCGUGUGGAGUUCUUUGACUUACGCGGUGUAGCUGGUGUUGACGCUGUCCAGACAAUGAUUCAAAACCGACUCGAAACAAACCCAGCUUCAUCUGAAACUACUGGCAAGACAACAAAAUCAACUGAUGACAUGGAUGAUGAUAGUAGCAAAUACAACAUGUUAUGUAUUCUAGACAACGCCGAGGAUGCUAUCCAUGCUGGUGCUGAUAAAGAUUUCCAACUACAAGAUGUUGUGGAGCAACUUCUGCGACGGCAACACAACGCCCAUGUCCUACUGACAAGUCAUGUUUACUUCGACCUACACGCUGCCCAGUUUAAACUACAACAACACCGUCUUGAUGGUCUGACAAAGGUUUGUGCUGUUGGUCUUCUCCGUGGUCUAUGUGUUGAAGGUAGUGUGAGCAUUGAAGAUGCACAGAGGUUAGUGGAUCAUUGUGGAAAUGUUCCACUUGCUGUACGCAUUACAGCUGGUCUUCUACAAGGUGGUCGGUUAACUCCAACCAUGUUGUUAUCGAUAUUCCAAGAUCUUGGUCUCGAUGUGUUUAAUGAUGAUCGUCUGAAACCGAAUCAUCGGAUCCUGAAGCUGCUAACAAUAGCGUACAACACAUUACAACAUGAUGACAAGGCAUCAUUCCAUGCUCUCUCUCAACUGCGCUCCUCGUUCUCAUCUGAUUGCGCUCGUGUGAUAGUAGGUUUGGCUGACACUAAGGCCAGUAUGGUUCAUCUUGUACGUUUUGAUCCGCUGAUCAAGAUUUGUUUCCUGGAUUACAAUCCGUAUCUGGACCGCUACUCACUUCAACCAUUCAUCGCCGAGUUUGGUCGUUACCAAUGCCCUGAAGACAAGCGACGUGUGUACCAACGGCGAAUGUGCAAGCAUUUCCUUGGCUUUGUGAAAAGCGUUGAUGAUUGUAGAGGUUGUGGUGCAGACAAAGCAAUGUAUUGGAGUUACCGAUUGCUUCUGGAAAAUGUGAAUAUACAGAAGGCGUUGUCAGUUGUUGAUGUUUUGUCUGGUGAUGAAUUGCUUCCUUUCUCUGGAUUAGCAAAGUGGUCGGGUAUCCUAGUUCUCUUGUGUGGGAAAGCAGCAUUUGAUGGAGGGUUUGGGGACAGGAUACAAAGAUUGGAGAAAGCACCGCUAUCCGUUCAAGCUGAGGGCAUUUGCAACUCGGUCCUGUACUUUAUUCACAGUCCAAGCAUUGCAGAUUCUGAUGUCAUUUUUGAGAGUUUGGAUUCCAGAACUCAAAUGCUCCUUGAGAAAUCUGAACAAGAACCGAGAGGAGUGGAGUCACAGCUGCAGCUACGUUUGAUGCAACUUUCUCUGGAGUUAUGCAGGGUAUCCAUGUCUCUGGUCAUCGACAGCAGAGAAGGACGGGUUGAGCCCAGCCAGGAAACACUAUCCCUUCUUCAGGUGGUGUACCAGCGUGUUACAACAACACUGGGAAUUGGUCUUGCAACAGGUGUCACUGAAUGUGCCCUGAAACUCAUUCAACUGUAUUACUCCACUCUGCUAAGCAAGGAUAUUCCCAAUGUACAGGUGGUUGAAGACCUUGCUGAGAGAGUGAUUCCAUCAAUCUACCUAUCACAGGAUGGUGCAGCCUACUCACGUACAGCAGUGCAAUCCUUUCUGCAAAAGUGCGUUGUUGUGAUCCUGGGCAAGGUUAUGUCAAGUUCCUGUAGCAGUGAGUGGAUUAUUUCACCAUCAUUGAUUACAACACUGGGUAUACCACUGUGCAAGUGGAAACAUGUACCAACUGCUAUCAGGCGCUCGGUCAAUGUCCAUGACGACCACACUACUGUGUCUGCUUUUCAGUUACAACAGUACUUGUACACCAUGGAUAAUGACACAGUGUCCACACUACUGGACUUGCACUUCAAUGAAUUGUACACCAUCCGAUACAGCUCCUUAGUAGUUAAUGGACGGGCACACACAACUCCAACUGGUCUCACUCUACCAGCACAGCAUCCCUUCAACAUUGUGAUGGACUAUGUCAGGAGAUGGUGUAAUGGCUCAAAUCCAGCAGAUCACACAGCAGCGCUGAUUAACAACUGUAGCCAGAACAAGAUACCUGAUGUGGAAGUGAUGCAGUGUUGUAUUCUGACGGCUAGAGCACUGCUCAAUGUGGAGAAUACAAUCUUUGCAGUUGGAGCAAUAUCCAAACUCUUCCCAGCGUUGAAGUCAUUGGUUAAUGAUCUCAGUGCUUACCUGCCAAGCAAUUGUGCAACUGGUCUCUCAGUGUCUGGAAUUGUGUACUUACCACCACAAGCUGUAGACGAUACUAUACUACUAUACUACUCAUUCAUUGCUGCCCUGCAUCAUCAAUCCAAGAGAGGCCAAGUGAGCAUUGAUCACCACAUUGCACUACUGGAAUGGUGUCCACGUGUAGCAGCAUGUUUUGUCUGCUAUAACCUGGACAACAUCACAGCAUGUCCUCGUUGUGGCAUGGCUUACCUGUGUGGUAAACAUCGUCAAACUGAUGAACACCUAAGUGAACACAACCAACACUGUGCUAUGCUGGCAGCACUCAGACAUCGCACACUGCAGGCGAGGUGAGCUUCUGAGGAUCUCUACUGGAUAGUGUUUAGCAGUUGAGAUUGGUGAACUUGACCAGCACUGGACAGGGAUCAUUUCAAGCAGCUACUGCAGUAAGAGAUACUCCAACAGCACACUACCUGUCAUUGAUCACAACACUGUGACAUCACUUGUAUAGACAUGAUGUAUACAGAUUGUCUAUGACACACACAGUGUUGUGUUACU